AUGCCGUUGACAACCCAUGUAUCGCUCGUCAGAGAUGCAUUGAGGCGCUCCAGACAAGACAGGCCUACAUUCAGGAGAGCACUAAUAUGUAUGCUGUGCAGACAAGAAGUGACCGCAAGUAUUUUGCAUAUAGUAUUACACCCAAUUAAUGUUGCGUGCGCAUCGACCGUUUGA